AAGGAGACCGGUAAAAAAGAUAUAUAAAUAGCUUGGUCCAGCUUUCAAUCAGUAUCACUUUCGUGAAGAAACCUCAUCGACAAAAACAUCAAUUGAAGUUAAUCUUUACUCUCAACAUUAAAAAUGAAAUCUGUAUCAGCAUUGAUCUUGGUUUGCGCCUUCGUUUGCGCUUCAGCUCAAUUCGGAGUUAAAGGUGGCUCUUCUGGUAGCCAAGGUGGUUCCUUUUUCCCACGAUUAACCCCAGGUUCAAUCCAAGAGAAGAAAGAUCAACUUCAAUUAGCCAAUGUAGAUGAUGGUUCUUCUGGUUUUGUUCAACCCGUUAGUCAAGUGGUAGCUCAACCAGUUGGACAAACUGUUGUUCAACCUGCAAGACCACAAGAAAAUGUUGUCACCGUUAUCUCUGACCGACCCCAAGGAGUUCUAGUCCCAUCUUCUGGUGCUGUUUCCUCAUUCGGUCAAGUUCCAGUCUCAGUAGUCGGACAAGUUGCCCCUCAACCACAAUUUAUCCAAUCAGUUGCCCCUCAACCCCAAUUUGUUCAGUCAGUUGCCCCUCAACCCCAAUUUGUUCAAUCAGUUGCCCCUCAACAACAAUUUGUCCAAUCAGUUCCAUCUUCCUUUGGAUCUUUCCAAUCCUUUGUCCCAACCUUCCAAUCAGUCCCCGUUUCUGGUCAACAAUCUGGUUUCGUUCAAUCUGUUCCAUCAAUCUUCACUCCCGGUUCAGUUAAUUAUCUCCGCCCAAGUGAACGAUACCUUUUCGACAAAAGACAACCUGGACAACUCGUUCAAUUUGGUGCACCUUCAACCGGAGCCGGUUUCCCUGGAGCAGGUUUCACCCAAAACAUUGUCCACCUUUCCAACGCACGUCCACAAGCCACCUUCCAAACAGUUCCUUCUUUUGUUUCCUCUGACAAUGGUUUCGGUUCCUCAUCAGGUUCAUCUGGUAAUGGUUUCAGUGGUCCAUCAGGUUCAGGUGCCGGUUUCGGUUCUUCAUCAGGUUUUGGAUCAACUUUCGUCCCACAAGCUGUCGGUAAAGUUGUUAAACAAGUAGCCGGUCCAAUUGUCAACCAACCAUUCCCAACCUUCUCUUCAUUCCCUUCAACUGUCCCAGUUGCCUCAUUCCCCACCGUCAACCCUUCAUCCCAGUUUGUCUCUGCUGGUAAAGUUUUCACUGACAACAAAUUGAGUGGAUUUUCUGGUCAACAGCCAACUGUUAUCAGCCAAGAGAAACAAUUAGCUGAUACCGUUCAAACCACUGAAUGGUAAUUAAAUCACUAGCAAUUCGUAUACUUGCGGACUUGAUUCAACCAAUGCGAUUCUCACUCCAACAAACUCAAAAUCCAAAAAAUUAUAAAAAAACUAUUUUAAUUUAGACCAACUUUCACUUGUUAAAUGUAACAAAAUUUGACAUAGUAAUAAAGCUACUUUAUUAUUAACCAAAAAACAA